AUGCGAAACACUGUAUCUAACUUGUUCGACGAACUGUGGGAUGAGACUCUCAAACGAUGCAUCAUACCGGUAACGAAACGGCAGCAGAGCUAUGAAGAAAUGCAAGAGUUUAUGAUACACCGAAUUGUAUCAUUUCUGGACGGAUUCCCCUACCGCGAGCGACUUAAACUGCAGCCGGAAGUGAAAAGUACCUCCAUAGCACAAAUCCUGCGCAAUGCCGGUAACAGCAAGUUUGAUCCGAACCGGAAAGAUCUACUCGGUGAGGCACUAAUAUUUUACAACGAAAGCAUCGCGCAUACCGAAAAAGGAUCGCCGGACCGUGCGAUAGCGUACGCGAACCGAGCGUCCGUCUGUUUGCAGUUUCGUCGGUAUGCGGAUUGCCUGAUAAACAUCAGAUUGGCCCGCGAAUCAAACUACCCAGCCCACCUCGAGGACAAGCUAAAUAGACGGGAAACGAUCGCCAAGAAAUAUUUGGCUGAAGAGCACGAUGGUAGGGCAGCAAAUGCAACCGAGCAAGCUGAUCGUGCCAUACAAAACGAUCGGAAGAAAGCUGUCGACGAGCUUAAAUUAAGCUACGACGCACAUGCGAACGCACCACAAGCAGCGGAAUGUUUGCGGCUACAGCGUAAUGCGCAAUUCGGACGGCAUCUAGUGACCGAUCGGGCACUAAAGGUGGGAGAUGUUUUGAUGAUAGAGAAACCAUUCGUUUCCAUACUGUUCCAUGAUGUCCCUCAUGUUCUGUGUGCGUACUGCCAUGCGGAACAAGCGUUUAUCCUCAUCCCAUGCGAGGUUUGUAGUACGGAGAUGUACUGCUCCGAGGAAUGUUUGAACAAAGCCCAACAUUACCAUCGGUACGAGUGCGGAGCUUUACGAAACAUGUGGUAUAUUGCGGAUCAUAUUAAUGGUAUGGCGGGAUUGCGAGCAGUAACGGUAGCAAUCGCCAUGUUCGAUCACGAUUUGGACGCACUCGAAAAGCAUCUGAACGAGCUGGACGAAUCGAAGGUGAGCGCAUUUACGAUGAACUGGAAAACGGCAACGCCGAAGGACAUCUACAACACGGUGCAUGUGCUACCGAUUAAUGACGCCUUUCGGCACCGUGAGAAAAUGGCACGGCAAAUUUUUCACUCCACCAUCGUGCUCCGGAUCUUGCUGGAGCGUACUGGGCUCGGUGCGAUGUGUGCCGGAAAUCCUAAGAAGGAAAAAUUGAUUUUCAAGCUAAUUCUGCGCCAUUGGCAAAUUGGCCAGUCACACUGGAUGAUGAUGCGCCAUUCGUGGCACGAAAAUGCAUCGAGUUCAUACGGGAGCCUCAGGUAUGCGGUCGGUUACUUCCCACUGUUAAGCUUGGUCAAGCAUUCCUGCGUUCCGAACGUGCAGCAGAUUACGCUUCCUGACGGACGCACUGCCCUGAUCGCCAUCAAUCCGAUUGCUGCGGGAGAACAGCUUUUCCAAUCGCACUUCUUCCCUAUGGAAUACCUCUCGGCAACUAUGGAAUACUUCUCGGAAACUAUGGAAUACCUCGAAAGAAGGACAGCGUUGGAGGACUGUUUCAAUUUAAUAUGCCACUGCGAUGGAUGUGAGCUACAGUUCGAUACGCUGCAGGAUAACGUAGAUGAUGAUCGCUUCUUAUGGCACAUUAAAUCGAUCCAACCUGCGUCCAAGCGGCUGGAGCUACUGGUCUGGUACAUGAACGAUCCGGGUCGACAGUAUCUGCCGUACUUCCUAACCAAGCUGCAGGCAAUUUAUGUGGUCUGGCUAAGCGACCUGUACAGUCAUUCAACACUUUUAAACUUCAAAAAAGCAUACCUCACGAAUUCACUUUGA